AUGACAUCGAAUGGAUUGCCCGUGCCCGCUCAGAACAGCAACUACAUGGAAAAUGGCCGCUGGUAUCAUGGCUUCCGGAGAGGGCUUUACAUGUACCCGUGCGACGAGCCAGAAAAGGAUCGCAUGGACAUCUACCACCAGUUUUUCGCCGUAGCACGGAGAGGCCAGCUGCAUCAGGCUCCCGUGCCCUCAGAGCCACAUCUGCAGCCCCGCAUCCUCGACGUAGGCUGUGGGACAGGCAUCUGGGCAAUUGACAUGGCCGACAAGUACCUAAACGCCGAGGUCCUAGGAUUAGAUCUGGUCAACAUCCAGCCCGAGAAAAUCCCCCCGAACCUGCGGUUCCGUGUACCACGCGAUUACGAGAGCCCCUGGACGCUGGGCGAGGAUUCGUGGGAUCUCAUCCAUCUGCGAAUGGCCUGCGGCAGCGUCGAGAGCUGGCCAGAGCUGUACCAAAAAAUCUACACUCACCUCAAACCAGGCACGGGCUGGAUAGAACAUAUUGAAAUCGACAUGGAGCCCCGCUGCGACGACUACACGCUCCCACCUGACAGCAUGCUUCGCAAGUGGUAUGGUUGGCUGGCUGAUGCCACGCAACGAGCUUACCGCCCCAUCGCAUACGAACAUCGCACUCGGCAGCUCCUGCAGGCCGCCGGCUUCAUUGAUAUCCAGGAGACUGUGAUUCGCGUGCCCUACAACACAUGGCCCAAUGACCCGCACCAGAAGGAUAUUGGCAGGUGGUACAACUUGGGCUUGACCGAGGGCCUGGAGGCGCUAACCUUUGCACCUCUGACCAGAGUCUAUCAUUGGGACCUCAAUGCCCACGUACGGCCAAUUGUCGAGGGCGUGCGCAGGGAGCUCUGCAACCGGAAAAUCCAUGCGUACAACAACAUCCACAUUUGGACUGCCCGUCGGCCUCAGCAAUAGAAGCGGGCACGACGCUUGCAGCGAUGCGUUUGACGGAUGGUGUGGCCAGCGGGGGGUGUGUGUGUGCCUAGAAGUGCACAUUUCGGCGACAUCACACAACCCGCGGCCAGGCAGCACCGACUAGUCUGCAGCCAAAGCCCCGGAAGUUCUACGCAGUGCCUCGACGCACCCACGCCCCGUUACGCCUAGACGUUGUUUUCUUCUUUUGGCGUUUUCUGGAUGUUGUGCAUUCGGCAAAACAUUCUCCGCUUCCCUUUGGCCGAGGGAACCUCAAGGCCGGGCCGACGAAGC